CUAAAUUUCAGUUUAGUACCACUUUAUAAUCUGUGAGGACGUAGUUAAUGUUGUAUUUCUACGCUCUGCUACGUAUCAAAGAAAGUUUUGUUUUAAUUUAUAAAGUUUUUAUUUGUGAAUAUUGUUAAACAACACAAUGUCUGUAGCUGUUAAAGGUAUCUUCAUAGUAGGCGCUAAGCGCACUGCGUUCGGUACUUUCGGUGGUGUGUUCCGCAAUACAUCAGCCACAGAGCUGCAGACGGCGGCCACAGCGGCGGCGCUGCGGGAGGCCGGCGUCGCCCCAGACCAGGUCGACAGUGUCGUUAUCGGACAAGUCAUGUCGGCAUCGCAAGUGGACGGCAUCUAUACGCCGCGCCAUUCCUCGUUGAAGGCGGGUAUCCCGCAAGAGCGUCCAGUGCUUGGCAUCAACAGGCUUUGCGGCUCCGGAUUCCAGUCCAUCGUUAACAGCGCGCAGGAUAUCCUAACCGGUUCAGCUAAUAUAUCAUUAGCCGGUGGCGUGGAGAAUAUGUCCCAAGCUCCAUUCGCUGUGCGAGGUAUUAGGUUCGGUACCACACUGGGCACGUCACAUGCCUUCGAGGACACAUUGUGGGCUGGCCUCACUGACAGCUACUGCGGUCUACCAAUGGGUAUGACUGCGGAGAAGCUGGGUGCACAAUUCGGGGUCACCAGGACUGAGGUGGACGAGUUUGCGUUACGCUCUCAACAACGGUGGAAGACUGCGAAUGAUGCGGGGGUUUUCAAGGCGGAAAUCGAACCAUUAACACUAACUGUGAAGCGUAAGGAGGUGCGUGUGGAGGUGGACGAGCACCCGCGGCCGCAGACCACACUGGAUGGACUCAAGAAGUUGCCCCCCGUCUUCAAGAAGGAAGGUCUUGUGACCGCCGGCACUGCUUCUGGUAUAAGCGACGGUGCGGGUGCUCUGGUGCUGGCGAGCGAGGCAGCCGCUAAGAACCUGAAGCCCCUCGCGCGGCUGGUGGGGUGGUCGUACGUGGGCGUGGACCCCAGCAUCAUGGGCAUCGGCCCCGUGCCCGCUAUCGAAAACCUCCUCAAAGUUACCAACAUGACCCUCAAUGAUGUCGACCUAGUUGAGAUCAACGAGGCGUUCGUAGCGCAGACACUGUCCUGUGCUAAAGGGCUGAAGUUAGACUUGGAGAAGUUGAACGUGAACGGCGGCGCCACCGCGCUCGGACACCCCCUCGGCGCCUCCGGCUCGCGCAUCACUGCCCACCUCGUACACGAACUCAGACGUCGUGGACUGAAGCGUGGUAUCGGUUCAGCUUGCAUCGGCGGAGGACAGGGCAUCGCUCUCAUGAUUGAAACUGUCUAAAAAACACAAUUAUAUACAUCGAAAAUUGAAUAUUAUUGUUUUGUAUAAUUAUUAUCACUAGUUUCUUAUAUAAAUUGUAACAGAACAUUUUUAUAUAGUUUGUUAAGCUAAAUGUGUAUAUUUUUGAUGUUACGUUUAUAUGCUAAAAAUUAAUGCAAUUAAAUAACAGAAUAUUUUUUUGAGGAUGUAUUUUGUACGAAUGUUAUCUUGUAAAAUAUAUUUAUACUUUUAAA